CCCGGCCCCCGCCUGCGCCACCGCGCCGCUCCGGAACCGGGCUGCGGUCACUGAGCGCCUGGGCGCAGGGCGGACACCGGCGCGGGGUGGCCAGGAGCGCGUGAGCCGGGCACCAGAGACUUCGCGCCGGUCGGGGGGGCCCGAUGCACUCGGCUGGGAAACUUCUGCGGGCGCGAGGCCGGAGCUCUGCGUGAGGCCGGCAAAGGCCAGUCCCCAGGAAAGAUCAAGAAUGGUUAUGAAGCAUUUGCUGCAGCAUAUGAGCAUAACAACACGCAACAACAACAUAUUUGUCAGCUAGAACUAAAUCAGAAGCCCAGAUGAAUUUUAAGGAUGCUAGCAUGGGAUUCUUAGUUUUUCAAGAUCCACAUACACCAAGCCCAUAAUCACCCCAGCUCCAGUGUCCGGGCUUUCUCUGGUUUUGUGAAGACUCAACUCUGAUGAUGGAAAAGCAAAGGACUUAAUUAUUUGCUUUGAUAUUAUUUAAUAUCGACUGAAAAGUGGAUACAGUACACCAGCCAUGGAAGGAAAUUCAAGUCUGUGGAAGAACCUAAUUGAUGAACACCCUGUCUGCACCAUCUGGAAGCAGGAGGCUGAAGGAGCCAUCUAUCAUCUAGCCAGUAUUUUAUUUGUAGUAGGUUUCAUGGGUGGCAGCGGGUUCUUCGGGCUCCUUUACGUCUUCAGUUUGCUGGGAUUGGGUUUUCUCUGUUCUGCUAUCUGGGCCUGGGUAGAUGUCUGUGCAGCUGACAUAUUUUCCUGGAAUUUUAUAUUGUUUGUCAUCUGCUUCAUACGGUUUGUUCACAUUGCCUAUCAAGUUCACAGCAUAACUUUUGCCCGAGAAUUUCAGCUGUUGUACAGCUCCCUCUUCCAGCCUCUGGGGACUUCUUUGCCUGACUUCAGAACUAUUGCUAUGAGCUCAGAAGUGGUGACUCUGGAAAAGGAGCACUGUUAUGCCAUGCAGGGAAAAACCUCCAUUGACAAACUCUCCCUGCUUGUCUCAGGAAGGAUCAGAGUGACAGUUGAUGGCGAAUUUCUGCAUUACAUUUUCCCCUUCCAGUUCCUGGAUUCUCCUGAAUGGGACUCACUGAAACCCACAGAGGAAGGCACUUUUCAGGUAACCCUCACAGCAGAAACUGAUUGUCGAUAUGUGUCUUGGAGGAGAAAGAAAUUAUACUUGCUCUUGGCUCAGCAUCGUUAUAUCUCCCGCCUGUUUUCAGUUUUAAUUGGCAGUGACAUUGCAGAUAAGCUCUAUGCCUUGAAUGACAGGGUAUACAUAGGAAAAAGAUACCAUUAUGAUAUUCGGUUACCCAACUUCCUUCAAAUGUCAAGUCCUGAAAUGUCCAAGUCAUCCCUAACAGAACAUUUUCAGAAUUCCAGACGAUAUUGUGAUAAGUGACAUCAAAGUCUCAAGUUUUAUAAUUAUAAAAGACUCUUCAUCAUUCCCCAAAUGAAAUAGCAAAACACAGCAAAUUGAGCUCACUAAUAUUUUUAUAAAUCCAACUCAGAGGCAAGAUGCCUUUGCCAGCUGUUUUAUUCAUCUUAACUUGUACAUUGUGAAUAAAUUUUACAAUUUUUUUUCUGUA